UCGUAUUUAAUCACACACGAAAUAAAUAAAUAAAUAAACAUGUGACAAUGAGAAGCUGACAUUUAUAUACUCAAAUCAUUGAGAACCCGAUAAUCAAUUACCAACUGCGCUUCAAAGAAUAAACAAAAAAGAAGGCCAAAACAUCAACAGAACGAUGCCAAGGCCGACUCUGAUUUUGCUCUUCGCGUUCGUUAUUAACGUCUCUAAGUGGGGGUUAGAUGCUCAAAAAUUGCCGCCUGCGAGAUACGAUGGGUUCCUUUACGAGAAGCACGGCCCUUGCCGUCAUCAUGCGGAUACUAUCCUAAUUGAAGCUUUCUUUGACCCUGUUUGCCCCGAUAGCAGAGACUCUUGGCCUCCUCUCAAACAAGCUCUUCACUACUACGGCUCUCGCACUUCUCUCUUGCUUCAUCUCCUCCCUUUACCAUACCAUGACAAUGCAUACGUUGCUUCUCGUGCUUUGCAUAUUGCAAAUAAUCUGAAUCAUUCUUCUACAUUUCCCUUGUUAGAGCGGUUCUUCAAGCAUCAGGAGAGGUUCUAUAAUGCUCAAACACGCAACUUAUCAAGAGUUUCUGUUGUAAAAGACAUUGUGGAAUUUGCAAGUGUAGCAAUUGGCAAUUCCUAUCAUUCUGCAAUUGAAUCUGGCUUUAAUGACAGAGAGACUGAUCUCCAAACAAGGGUUUCCUUCAAGUAUAGUACCUCAAGAGGGGUAUUUGGGACGCCUACUUUCUACAUCAAUGGAUUUGUGUUGCCUGAUGCUGGAUCGACCUUAGAUUAUAAUGGCUGGAGAAAAUUCAUUGAUCCAUUGAUUAAUGCGAAGAAGGGCAAAAGCGAGGAACAUGUGCACUUAUCGUUAUGAAGGACUUAGCUUGGGAUAUCUCAGUUUAUUUGUGUUUUGAAACUUAUAUAUUAUCUGAAGAAACAAUAAGCACUUUACUAGAGAGUGUCGAAGCUGUGGUAGUGCGAUAAGAGGUUUUCAAUAUUUGCAAGUAAAGUUGACAUUGCUCUUGAACAACCGACUCCAUUGCGAGACCACGCCCAGCAACUUUGUGCUACCUACCUUGUGAUGGAAAAUAGAUCUUUCAAUUGCGAUCCAAGCUCUGAUUACGUGAAUAAAUUAACUAGUCAAAAUCAGCUCAAAAUAUUUGUUGGCACAAUGGAAUGUAACUUUGUACACAGUUAAUUCUUUGGGCUGACUCGGUCCAUAACCAAAAAUAAUAUUCUCUAGCCAAAUAGAAAUGAAGAAACUGCCUUACAAAGUCUAUACAGAUUAACCUAUGGGAUUUUGAUGAGAAACUGAAUGUGUUUGCCAGUUCUGGCAUGUCGCAUUUGUUGUUUAAAUAUAGCUGUACUGCAGUUAUGCUUUUUCCCGCAAUUUUCAUUGGUAAUAAAGGGGCAUUUGAAGAAGCCUCAAUCAAUGGUAUGGCAUAAUAGCUGAACUUUUAGUUGGAGUGAAGAUUAAAUCUUUUGCCCAGUAUUUAGCCGUUAAUUUUUGGAUGCACAAUCCGUGGGAAUAUAUCAAUUAAGAUUAUUUUUAAAUAAAAAAAAUUAAUUAUGUAAAAUAUAAAGCCGGUAACACAACUUAUCUCAUUUAAAAGGAAACACAAUAAAGAACUCUUCUUCUCUUGCCCUAUCUCUUAAUAGAUUUUUUUCUAAAAAUGGUUUUGCCGAAGGUGCAAAGUUACAUUAAUUAAUUUUCCAUUGCUCUGCAUUUAAUAAUAUGGAAGCAACAGUUGGAAAGAAAUUAAUAAACGUGUCACUAUACAAAAUAAUAUCAAACCUAUCCGGUUGGUAAAACCCGGUCUGAAUCGGAUAAGAAGAGUUAGUUAGGGUAGUUUUGGAAAAGCAUUGGUGGUAGUAUAUAAGACACAAGACAAUCCAGUAAGCGGUUUAGGGCGGAAAAGAAGAAACGAAGCCGUAGAAGAGGGCUCUUUCUUGGCCGAGCAAACUUAUCUCCAACAUCUUUAAUUAUGGAUCGGUACCAGAGAGUGGAGAAACCAAAAGCGGAUACACCAAUUGAUGAGAAUGAGAUUCGUAUUACAAGUCAAGGAAGGAUGCGCAGUUAUAUCUCAUAUGCCAUGACUCUGCUUCAAG